AUGGUUGUUGCGAAAAGACCAAAUUUUCUUGUCAUCGUCGCCGAUGAUCUUGGCUUCAGUGAUACAAAGCCAUAUGGCUCCGAGAUAGACACACCUGUCUUGGACCGCCUCUCCAAAGAUGGCACACGCAUGACCAACUUCCAUACUGCUCAGGCAUGCUCACCUACACGAGCAAUGCUUCUUUCUGGUACAGACAACCAUAUUGCCGGGCUUGGCCAGAUGGCAGAAUUCGCCGAGAUGAAGAAGAACCUCACCGGAAAGUAUCCUGACUACGUUGACAAGCCUGGCUACGAAGGCUAUCUCAACUGGAAAGUGGCUGCUCUGCCCGAGAUUCUUUCCGACGCAGGAUAUUUGACUCUAAUGUCUGGUAAAUGGCAUCUUGGGAUGACUCCUGACGUGUCCCCGAGUGCAAGAGGCUUCAAGAAGAGUUUUGGCUUUUUGCCUGGUUGUGGCAACCACUUUAACUAUGAACCGCAGUUCGAGCCCAACCAAGAUACUAUGCUCUUGACCUCUGAUGGAUUCUGGAUGGAGAAUGAGAGUCCAUUAGAUAGAAAGAAAGACCUACCUGAAGACUUUUACUCUACCAACUUCUUCACAGAUAAGCUUCUUGACAUGUUAAGCAACAGAACCAAAGAGGAAAGGGAGCAGCCCUUCUUCUCGUAUCUGGCUUACACGGCACCUCAUUGGCCAAUGCAAGCGCCACAAGAUGUUAUAAACAAAUACAGCGGAAAAUACGACAAUGGACCCGACCAGCUGAGACUAGAUAGGCUGGCCAAACUGAAAGAGUUGGGUCUUGUGCCAUCUGAUGUCGAAGCGGCUCCUCCUGUUGGUUUCGAAGCCGGUGUGAAGUGGGAAGACCUCACUGAUCAUGAGCGAGCUGUGUCGGCUAGGAAGAUGGAAGUUUAUGCAGCCAUGGUUGACCUCCUUGACCAGAACAUUGGGAGAGUUGUGGAUGCACUUGAAGCAUCCGGCGAACUGGACAACACUUUCAUUUUGUUCAUGUCAGACAAUGGCGCAGAGGGAUCUACGUUGGAAGCUGCACCUCUCUUAUCAUCGUUCAAGACGCUUGGUGAACUGAUAGAUGCACACUAUGACAACAGUCUCGAGAAUAUUGGAAAUCACGAUUCGUAUGUUUGGUAUGGCUCUCGGUGGGCAUGCGCUGCCACUGCGCCUUCUCGGGGGUUCAAGGGAUGGUCAACCGAGGGCGGCAUUCGCUGUCCUUGCCUCAUACGCUUCCCUCCAAUCUCGUCGGCCCCUGAGACUAUUUCCCACGCCUUUACAACCGUAAUGGACAUACUGCCUACCAUCCUUGAUCUAGCACAAGUGCAGCACCCAGGAGAAACGUUUAGGGGUCGAGAAGUUGUCAAUCCCAGAGGAAAGUCAUGGGUCAGCCACCUCGCAUCUUCUACAGAGUAUCCAAACGUUCACCAGGACGAGGAUCAUAUACAUGGCUGGGAGCUGUUCGGUAAUCGUGCGAUACGCAGAGGAAAUUGGAAGGCAGUUUUGUUGGCAAAACAAGGCGGCGACAAUUGGGAGCUAUUUGACGUUGAGAAAGAUCCGGCUGAACAAGAUGAUCUAUCAAAGAAGAGGCCAGAAAUUUUGGAAGAAAUGCUGGUGCAUUGGGCCACGUACGUUGCCGAGACGGGGUUAGUGGAAGACGCGUUCUGA